CUUUUGUCAACAUGAAAACAGAAGAAACUGAAUUACAAAAUAAUAUUCAUACUGAUGAUAAAGAUAUAGAUAUAGUUGAAGAUUUUGCAAAACAAUUAGAUAAAAUUGUGCAUAUUCAAGAAAAUAAUUCGAGUGAAACUGACGAAGAAGAAGAAUUAGAUACUUUUGGAUACCAAGCUUUACCUCAAGAAGACAAUUAUCAGUUAUUAGAUUCAGAUGAUGAAGACCAUUCAUAUACUUUAGAGAAAGAAACAUAUAUUGAAGCACCCAUCAUCGAAUUAGAACCUUCAGAAAGACUAUCUUCAGAUACAACAAAUUUAAUAAAAUCAAUUAUGAACAAUAUUCAAUUAUCGGAUGAAGCAAUACCAGAUUGGGCUAAAAAAAUUCCUGAACACGCUUGGUUACCGCGCGUAAAAAAAUAAAUGUUUUUUUUUUCUAACAAUAAAAUAUGUGUAAAAAAAAAAAAAAAAAAAAAAAAA